AUGGCUUUUAGUCAUUAUGGUGACGUCUCCCCGCACACCAUGAUACUCAUAUACAUCACAUAUCUUGUGAGCAGUGUAUCCUGUCUGAAGCUUAUUCAAAAGGAAAAUAAUACAUCAAAUCAUAAUGUCACUACAUUAUAUCCAGUCGAUAACAUUACCUACCAUAUAACAGAAGCGAAUAAUGUAUUCAAAGAUAACUUGAUUAGAAAUAAUGAGAAAGAAAUGAUCAAACCCCAAGCAACAGAUAAAACGAGUGACACCAAGCUGAAAGGUUAUGAAAGUUAUGUUUUAAGCAAAUUAAAAGAAACAGAAAUUGAACAAAUGCAAAAUCAUAAUGUAAUCGAUAUGACAUUAAGAAAAAAACAAGAUAAAAAAAGUGAAAUAAAUCCGCUUACUGAUACGACUUCUUGGAAAGUUAAUGCUACUUAUUCAAAAUCAAAGUUAAAUCUAAAUGACAAUAAGAAUAAUAUAACUGAUGACAGCUAUAAUAAUGAAAAUGAAAGUUUUAAACAAAAAGAAUUCAAGCCGAGUCCGCAGUUAGGAAAUUUCUAUGAUGAAGAUAAGUUUGUGGUACCCACGCAAGCAACUAUAGGAUCAUUUACUCCGCAUGUUUCUAAGCCAUCGAUGGAGUUUGUGAGCUCCCCGAGAGACCUUUUCCCGUUAAACUACAAACGACCAGUCAAUGCGUAUUAUGAUGCAAUUGGUUCGCCUUACAAAUUUGAACAUAUUUUACCAAGAACCAAAGACUGGAAAUUUGAAACAGGUCUAGAAACCAAACCCACCAUGGAAGCGCCGCUGAUGAUACCGGCUGGCGGGCUUUACAAGUUACCGGACGCGUUUAAAGAUAAACCAAGUUCUGACGGUGACGAUGAUGAUUUUGGACUAGACUUUAAGGAUUCGAAAGAUACGUCUUUAAAGAAACGUUUUAACCCAUGGAAAAAAAUAUUAAACUUCGUAACAGCUUUGGUACCCGUCGGGAUCAUCAUAUCUGCGCUCACGCCCAGCAUCAUCACUCUAGAGAGUGCUGAUAAUAACCCUCGUUUUCCAUCUCGCAUUUCCCGGAGGUCGGGAGAGAGCGUCGCCGAACUUCCGUCGAUCAGUGAACGAUGCAAACGAAGAUUGCUCUGCGAAUUACAUUCGAACACAAACUACAUACGCGAUACAUCAGCUCCUAACAGACAGAACUUAUGCUACAAGAUCCCUUGCAACGACCCUCAGGCUCUCAGCAAGGUUCUUCGUUGGUUACUCCAGCACCACGACAGCCGUGGCCACCGCCACACGCUUCAUGACAGACGGGGUUUUAUAACGUAAUGUAAAUGAAUUAUAAACUACUACUAUUGUUUCAAUUUAUUUUAUCUUGUAUUAUAUAUUGUAAUAUAGAUUCGAUAUAGCUCAGUGGAUAGAAUAGCAUCUUAAACGAAGAUCGCGGGUUCGAGUCCGGGAAGGACAGCUAAAUUAUAACAGUAGUAACUUCGUAUUAUUGCACUGAAUAUCAAAAGUCUGAGUUAUUUUUGAUGUAACCGGAUUAUCUGUGAUUUUCAU